AAGAAUAGAUAUUUGAAUCAAGUCAGGAUACGGCAUCUAGUCUGACCCGUCUCACCCGCUGUAACUGGGACUGGCAUCAGCUCCCUGGAACACAAGCAGGAACAUGGAUGGACGGAGGAUGAAGGAGGAGUCUACUUGUCAUUUAAGUAUCACUUACUGCCGGACUCCAGCGUAGCUGGAUGUCUCUUGACUUGUAUUUGGUUAAGAGGAUUACACAGACCAUAAUAACUGAACGGCAGGCGUAAAGCUCUUUACAUCAAACAGCGUGAUCCUGAUAGUGAUCUCACAACACCUGCUGAGAAAGAACAGAGAAGGUGAGGGGUGGCCAUGGGGGUUCUUCCGUUCCCCUGCCUUGCUCAAGUGCCUUGGGUGUUUUUGACCUUGCUAGCAUGGACCAGCUCAUGUUCAGGAGAUGAAAAGACAACAAGAUGGCCGUUGUACUCCAAUAAACCAGUGCUUCUGGUCUGGAAUGCCCCGACAGAGGAGUGUGGACCACGGCGUCACGUGACUUUAACGCUGAACCAGUUUGACAUCGUGGCAUCGCCCAACGAGGGAUUUGUGCGGCAAAACCUCACCAUUUUUUACAAAGAGCGCCUGGGCCUCUAUCCCUUUUACACACAUGAUGGCGUGGACGUUAACGGAGGUCUUCCUCAGCUCGCCAGCCUCACGCAGCACUUUGAGAAGAUGCCGGACAGUGUGAAGAACUAUAUCCGAGAACCGGACGCCAAAGGUUUGGCGGUGAUUGACUGGGAGGAGUGGCGGCCUUUGUGGAUUCGAAACUGGGACGUCAAAGACAUCUAUCGGAACAAAUCCCGUGAAAUGGUGGCCAAAAAGAACCCCAAGUGGCCCCCGGAGCAAGUUGCAAAAGUUGCGCAGCAGGAAUUUGAAUUGUCGGCUCGCAAAUUCAUGCUGGAGACUCUGAAACUUGCAAAGAAUUUGAGGCCCAACCACCUGUGGGGCUUUUAUCUCUUCCCUGACUGUUACAACCACGACUACAGGAACGGGCUGGAGAACUACACCGGACGCUGCCCUGCUGUGGAAAUAGCCCGAAACGAUCAGCUGAACUGGUUAUGGAUGGAAUGCACCGCACUCUUCCCCUCUAUAUACCUCAGCCCUGUGCUGCGCUCCACUAACUUUGGCCGCCUCUUCGUCCGGAACCGAGUGAAGGAGGCGAUGCGUCUGGCCUCAGCUGGUGAUGGAUCUGCGCGUCCUGUUUUCGUUUAUACCAGGCCUACGUACAUGAAUCAGAUGGCCACACUGACUGAGAUGGAUCUGAUUUCCACCAUCGGUGAAAGUGUUGCUCUGGGAGCGGCCGGCGUGAUCUUCUGGGGUGAUGUGUCCUAUGCUGGCAGUCAUGCCAAUUGCUCCAAACUAAACCAGUACCUCCAGGGACUGCUGGGUCAGUACCUGCUGAACGUGUCCACAUCAGCAGACGAAUGCAGUCGGGCGCUGUGCAAGGCGCGCGGUCGCUGCCUGCGGCGACUGCCCGACACGGACGUGUACCUCCAUCUGAGCCCUCUCACCCACAGCAUCAGCAGCCAGGCUGGACGACUCAGAGUCAGCGGUGGGCCUGGUAAAGCAGAGCUGGCUUUCUUCCGCGCACAUUUCCAGUGCCAGUGCUACAGCGGGUACCAGGGUGAGGCGUGUGCGCAGAGAGAAAGAGGACAGAAUAAAGCCUCCUCUGUUCUGGGAACCUGGUCCCUCUGCCUCCUGCUCCCACUUGGGUUUUUCAUUCUGCUGCACUGAGAGAACUGAGAAAACCCUUGCUGUUCACAAAGAAAGAGCAGUUUAUUCUCUUACAUUGUUGAAACGCUAUGAUGGUGUAUGAGGCUCUUGAUACAUGAGGCCACCUACAGCAGGACUUUCUUUUACAUGGUUUCAACUCUCUACUCUACUAGCAUUGUGGACAGAGAUUUACCUGCCAAAUAAGUGUUGAUGAAUAUUUUGUUUUUACUUGUGUGUCAGCACAGUCGUAGCCGUAGAUUUUCCAUCAUUGGCCUUUAAAGCACUGAAACCAAAGAUGUGUCCUACAUUGACUAUAAUGUUUCCAUUCAAUUGUUCUUGCUUGAAUAUAGCAAGAUUUUUUCUUUUCAUUGGGAAAUACACCGAUCUCUUGCUGAUAUUUUGAGACGUGAACAUAAAAAAGGGACAAGCGCUGCAAAAAAAUAUCAAAGUGUGACAUUUAAGUUAAAAAUAUAUAGUGAAUAUUUAACAUUAAAAAUGCAAACGAUUGCGCAUUGUUAGUUUCACUACUAAACUUGUGCCGCAGAAAUGGCUGCCAAGAAAGAGAGAUUGAUUGCUGUGAAUACUGCAACUGAAGAGAAAAACAAAUUUUAUUGAACUUAAAUUGUGCCUUAAUACUUCUCUAAGAUGGAACUUUGCUUUUUUAAUUGUUUCUGUGUCAUCCACUUGACAUGACGCAGACGUUCCUGUGGAGCAACUGCGACUAAAAAUAAACGCGACCUUUCCGUCACACGUGGAUUUCAAUGCUCGAGCUCCUGUGCCGCUCUGGUCUCAUCUAUUAGUCUCCGAUAUGGUCCAUUAAUAAACAUAGUAUGAACUGUGAUCUGGAAAAGUGGAAUCCAACUUUUUACAAACGACUGAACGUAAAAUUUUCCUCUGUAUUUUGACUGAAGUCACCAGAGUUGAGUUUAUAUCCUAAUGCUGAAUUUAGCAUUUGUACAGCUGAGUCUUUAUUUAUUCUCUUCAGUUCUGAGAAGCAGAGUCAGUGUUUAUCCAAACGUUGCUGGACAAGAUGAUACCAAAUAUUGCACUUUAUGAUUUCUGUUGAAGAACUUGUGUGUGUGUGAAGAUGUUACAAAGAUAUCACACAUGCUAAGUGAAGUCGUCUGGCACAGUAUUGGUGCCUGGCAUUUUUUUUUUAAUCUAACUGGAAGAAACCUUUGCUCUCUUUAAUGGUAAUGUAGUCUGGAAUUUGUGUAAUUUAUUUCCUCUGUGUGGUCAGUUGUGUCUUUUCUAUAUUAAACAUCUACUUCAAAUGAUCAAAUGUAUUGUCUUAAUAUGCAAGGAUGGAAAUAAAGAAUG